AUGUACGAUGGAGAAAACAAAGGACGGCAAAUAAAGGAGAGUUUACACUCUAGUCACCACAAUAGUAGCCCUGCUAUACCCGGUCAACCCCUACCUGUACAGCCUGACCUGGACAAAACCUUCUGGAGAUCCAGUUCUCUCCCCCAGGCUCCUGAACAGCAGCUCCCCAGGUGUGGUGCAGCUUUGGUCGGGCCUCUGACAGCUGCUCUGACAGUGCCAGAAGUUGUGGAGGCUGUGGGUAUAGAUCUCAAUGUCUUUAUAUUUGGAUGUCAACAAGUGUUCAAUUCCUGUGUUUCGCGGUCUUUUCUGCAGCUCUAUUUGGUGUAUAUCAGUUAUUCCAGAGCACAGGGGCAGGUCAUUAAGGUGAUUGGGUGGUGGUCUGUUCCACAUCACCAUGAAGAGCAGAAAGCAGGUGUGAUCAGUAUUGGGAAAGAUGCCUGGUCCAGUGCUGCGUAUGAAAGAGUAGUUUGCAAAAAUCCUUCUAAGUACCACUACAUGAAAGUCUGCCUAGAAUUUCAAGAUCAUGGAGCUGGACUGAAUGCUGCACAGUUCAAACAGCUGCUUAUUUCAGCACUGAAAGACCUGUUUGGGGAGGUCGAUGCUGCCUUCCCCUUGGAUGUCCUAACCUAUGAAGAGAAGAACUUGUCGGCCAUCUUGAGAAUAUGUAGCAGUGGUCUCGUCAAAUUGUGGAGCUCUUUCACCCUAUUAGGAUCCUAUAAAGGCAAAAAAUGUGCUUUCAGAGUGAUUCAGGUUUCUUUAUUUCUCCUUGCAUUAUCUGGUAAUAGUAGGGAACUAGUACCGGAUUAAAUGAAUCAUCUUCAAUUUCAGAAAC